GUCAACAAAUAUCCAUUUGGGUCAGACAGAAAAGUUCCAAAAACUUUAACUUUUGCAUUUUUAUUGGGAAAAGAGAAAAGGGUGAUCAGUGUAUAGAAAGCUCAUUUCAUGUGACAACAUUUCUCUGAGUUUGAGGUUUUUUGGGUUUGGAAGGAGACUACAAUGGAGGUAUUCUCAAGAUCAAUGAAUGGGGAAAAUGAUGAAAAUGCUCUUAAAUGGGCAGCAUUGGAGAGGCUUCCCACUAAUAGACGCUUAAGAAAAGGUUUAUUAACUUCAUCUCGUGGUGAAGCCAAUGAAGUUGAAGUUGACAAACUAGGUGUUCAAGAAAGGAAGAGUUUGAUGGAGAAGUUGGUGGCUGAUACUGAAGUAGACAAUGAAAAAUUCCUGUUGAAGCUGAAGAAACGCCUUGAUAGAGUUGGAAUCGAUAUUCCCACAAUUGAAGUAAGAUUUGAGGAUCUUAGAGUUGAAGCUGAAGCAUAUAUGGGAAGUAGAGCUUUGCCUACUAUCUUCAACUUCUUUGUCAACUUAGCUGAGGGUUUCUUGGCCAAUCUUCACAUACUUUCCAGUAAAAAGAAGAAACUGACCAUCCUUCAUGAUGCUAGUGGAAUCAUUAAGCCAAGCAGGAUGACUCUGCUUUUAGGCCCUCCAGAUUCCGGGAAGACGACCCUUUUGUUGGCUCUGGCCGGGAGGCUUGCUUCUGAUCUGAAGCUCUCUGGGAAGGUGUCUUACAAUGGCUACAGCCUGAAUGAGUUUGUUCCACAGAGAACUGCUGCCUAUGUAAGCCAAAAUGAUGUCCAUAUUCCAGAAAUGACCGUAAGAGAAAUCCUGGCCUUUUCUGCAAGAUUUCAAGGGGUCGGAUCUCGUCAUGACUUGUUGGCAGAACUGAUAAGAAGAGAGAAAGAAGCAAACGUUCUGCCUGACUCAGAUAUUGAUGUGUUCAUGAAGGCAGCAUCACUAGAAGGCCAGCAGAGAAGCCUGGUCACAGAUUAUGUUAUGAAGGUGAUGGGACUAGAAAAUUGUGCAGACACCAGGGUUGGAGAUGAAAUGCUCAAAGGCAUUUCAGGAGGACAGAGGAAGCGUCUCACCACUGGUGAGAUAAUUUGUGGGCCUGCAAAUGUACUGUUCAUGGAUGACAUAUCUACAGGCUUAGACAGUUCCACAACCUUUCAAGUUGUGAACUCAAUCAAGCACUACAUUCACAUUCUCAAUGGAACUGCUGCCAUUUCUCUUCUCCAACCUCCACCAGAAACUUUUGAACUUUUUGAUGACAUCAUUCUCCUGUCUGAAGGCCAAAUUGUUUAUCAAGGUCCCUGCCACCAAGUCCUUGAAUUUUUUCAGUUCAUGGGCUUCAAAUGCCCUGAAAGGAAAGGAGUGGCAGACUAUUUGCAAGAAGUGACUUCAAGGAAAGAUCAGAAGCAAUAUUGGGCAGAGAAGGAUAAGCCUUACACAUAUGUCACAGUGACACAAUUUGCAGAAGCAUUUAAAUCCUUUCACGUCGGAAGGAAACUAAGGGAGGAAUUAGCAGUCCCAUUUGACAAGAGCAAGUGCCACCCUGCUGUUUUGGCGACAAAAAAGUACGGCAUUGGAUAUAAGCAACUUUGGAAGGCUUGUUUCGAUAGAGAAGUCUUGCUUAUGAAGCGAAACUCGUUCGUCCACAUCUUCAAGCUUGCCCAAAUUUUCCUGAUCUCAGUCAUUUCGAUGUCGGUCUUCUUUCGAACGAAGAUGCCCCGAGACUCAAUAACUGAUGGACAAAUUUACAUGGGGGCAUUGUUUAAUGCACUAGUUGUUUGUAUGUUCAAUGGGAUGUCUGAGCUUGCUUUAACAAUUGCUAAGCUUCCUGUUUUCUACAAGCAAAGGGAUCUACUUUUCUUCCCAGCAUGGGCAUAUGCUGUUCCAGCAGGCAUCCUUAAAAUCCCUGUCUCCUUUGUGGAAGUUGCACUUUGGGUUUUUGUCUCUUAUUAUGGAACUGGCUACGACCCAAAUGUCAAAAGGCUUUUCAAACAAUACCUUGCACUUGUUGUUGCUAACCAAAUGGCUUCGGCGUUGUUUCGAUUGAUCGCGGCUCUUGCUAGAAGCUUAGUUGUUGCAAGCACAUUUGGUUCAUUUGUUCUGUUGAUUCUCUAUGGAAAUGAUGGUUUUAUCCUCUCAAGACAUCAAAUGAAAAAGUGGUGGAAGUGGGCUUACUGGAUAUCGCCGAUGAUGUAUGGGCAAAACACGUUGGCAGUGAAUGAAUUCGGAGGAAAAAGUUGGGAUCGAGUUGUCCCUUCUAAAGGUGAAACUCUCGGGGUUUUGAUCAUGAAGCUUCAUGGAUUCUUCCCAUCUGCUGAUUGGUAUUGGAUUGGAGUUGGUGCAAUGAUUGGAUUCACACUUUUAUUUAACUUUUGCUAUGCCUUGGCUCUAACUUAUCUCAACCCUUUGAACAAGCGCCAGGCCGCUAAACCGCGAGAAUCACAGAGCGAUGAGAGAGAGUUUGAGAUCAGAAACACCCCAAAUUGUGAAAAUCCUAAAGCUAAUGCAAGUGAAAGUAUGAGAGUUGCCUCCCAACCAUGUAGUCAACCAACGGACAAGGCAACUUGUAAUAAGAGAAGAGAAGUCGUUCUUCCAUUUCAACCGUAUGUACUCACUUUCGAUGAGAUCGUAUACUCGGUCGAUAUGCCGGAGGAAAUGAAGAACCAGGGUAUCAUAGAGGAUAAACUAGUGCUUUUGAAGGGUGUGAGUGGUGCUUUUAAGCCGGGCGUUCUCACAGCCUUGAUGGGCGUAAGCGGAGCGGGGAAAACGACUAUGAUGGAUGUGCUAGCUGGGAGGAAAACUGGUGGAUAUAUUGAGGGAAACAUCAAAGUUUCAGGGUACACGAAAAAGCAAGAAACUUUUACUCGAAUUUCUGGUUAUUGUGAACAAAAUGACAUCCAUUCUCCUCAUGUUACUGUCUACGAGUCUCUGCUCUACUCGGCAUGGCUACGUCUCGGCUCCGAUGUCAGCAAAGAAACAAGAAAGAUGUUUGUAGAAGAAAUCAUGGAGCUGGUUGAACUUGACACAUUGAGGCAAGCAAUAGUUGGAUUGCCUGGUAUAAAUGGUCUCUCAACCGAGCAGUGCAAAAGGUUGACAAUAGCCGUUGAGCUGGUGGCGAACCCGUCCAUAAUAUUCCUCGACGAGCCAACUUCAGGACUAGAUGCAAGAGCUGCUGCAAUUGUGAUGCGGACAGUUAGGAACACCGUUGAUACGGGACGAACGGUUGUGUGCACAAUCCACCAACCGAGCGUCGAUAUAUUUGAAGCCUUUGACGAGCUAUUGCUCUUGAAACAAGGAGGAGAGGCAAUAUAUGUUGGACCACUUGGUCAUCAAUCUAGCCAUUUGAUCAAGUAUUUGGAGGGGAUCGAGGGGACGAGUAAGAUAAAAGAUGGUCAAAACCCGGCGACUUGGAUGUUAGAAGUAACCUCCUCAACUCAUGCAAUGGCUUUAGGGGUUGAUUUUGCUGAUCUAUUCAAAAAUUCUGAGCUCUAUAGGAGAAACAAGGAACUAAUCAAAGAACUGAGUGAACCUCCCCCUGCCUCUAGUGAUAUCCAUUUUAAGACCAAAUACUCACAACCUUCUUUCAACCAAUACUUGGCUUGCUUAUGGAAGCAACAUUUGUCAUAUUGGCGUAAUCCAUCAUAUGUUGCGACCAAGUUUCUGUUCACUCUCGGGGCAUCAUUGAUACUCGGGACAAUGUUUUGGAACCUUGGCUCCAAGAGAUCAACAUACAUAGACCUGUUGAACUCGAUCGGUUCGAUGUACACGGCUUCGCUGUUCCUCGGUAUACAAAAUGCUGGAGGCAUUCAACCAGUAGUUUCAAUUGAGCGAACCGUCUACUACAGAGAAAGAGCUGCAGGAUUGUAUUCCGCCUUGCCAUAUGCGUUAGCUCAGGUUACAAUUGAGCUGCCAUAUGUUUUUUCACAGUCAGUGAUGUAUUGCAUCAUAGUAUAUGCAAUGAUGGGAUAUGAAUGGUGUUUUGCCAAGGUUCUCUGGUUUUUCUUCUUCAUGUUCUUCACUUUCCUCUACUUUACCUACUAUGGCAUCAUGGUCAUCGCUGCCACGCCAAGUUACCACGUCGCUUUGAUAAUUUCGACCGCGUUUUACGGGAUGUGGAACCUCUUUUGCGGCUUUAUCGUCCCGAGAACUCGGAUUCCUGUGUGGUGGAGAUGGUUCUAUUGGACUUGUCCAUUGUCAUGGACAUUGUAUGGACUAAUUGCUUCACAGUUUGGAGAUAUGGAGGAGAAGCUGGAUACAGGGGAAACAAUUAAGGCGUUUAUAAAAGAAUUCUUUGGUUUUAGACAUGAUUUUCUUGGAGUUGUUGCAGCUGUUAUUGUUGUUCUUGCUGUUUUCUUUGCACUCACAUUUGCCAUUUGUAUUAACAUCUUCAAUUUCCAAAAGAGAUAAAAAAAUGAGGUUUUUCUUUUUCA